AUGACUCCGCCUCCGACGGGUUUCCUCGGGUUGCCGAAUGAACUUCUAUCUGUCAUCGCACUUCUGCUGGAUCACCGUGACAUCGUACAUUUAUCGAUGGUCUGUCGUCGUAUACAGAACGUUUAUAGAGCCUCGAAAGAGCUACAGUACAUCGUCGAUCUGGGGAGACUUGGCUACGUCGACGGCCCACCUCAGUGCCCUCUAUCGAUAUCCGAACGGCAUGAACUACUUCUCUCCAGACGUAGGGCAUGGGAUCAUGCUAUGCCUCACCUGACAGCGGCACAUCCAUCUGCUGACCAGUCUUACACUCUCGACUUGGCCGGCAAUGUCUAUGUUCAUUACGCUGUAUCGCGAAAUCCACAGCUUGUGAUCCAUUAUCUUCCCUCGCGUGCCUGUGAGGCCACAACUAUUGAAGUCCCGGAGCUCGACGUACUUCUGGAUAGCCUCGCUAUCGAUCCCUCUCAGGAUCUGCUUGCGUUCGUGGAGGGUCACAUAGACCCGGACGAGCCGCUGACGGAGGAGGGCUUAUUUGGCACAGACUUACACGGCAGGAUCGCCGUGCACCUUCGUAGCCUCUCAUCUCCUGAUGCAGCCGCGCACGGCCAGGCUUUUGUGCCCAUCUUGAGAACCGACUGCACGUACGCCUUCCUUGCGGGAAGCGCUAUUCACAUUGCUGGAUCUUCGCUCGCCCUGUUCUCUGCUUACCCGGACUCGUUCCUCAUGAUCUGGAACUGGAACUCGGGCGAGCAACUCUUCUACAUGGACUUCGAGCACUUCGACUACGCGCACCUUCAAUGUCACGGAUUCACAUACCUAUCCAUGUCUGCAUUCUCUCUCACUCAGACCGAUCCGUCAAUGGCAUCCACUCUCCUCAUACCAUUCGACCCCACCGGACAGACGAAAGGUGCCCCGAAAGACAUGAUACAGACUUGUACCCGACUUCUCUUCCCGAGGCCAUACAUCCGCCAGAACCGGAUUCUGUAUAUCACGGCCGGAACGAGCUCCCUCGGGCGGCCAGAGCCUCGCCGGCAGGCUUUCGUCCCUUCGCCCGCGUCGCGUCUACACUCUUUCUUCAUCAAGAUUGUCCACCACGAGGAUCAUGAAGCCGGGAGUGUCCAGAUGGACACGGUAUUGGCUGUCAUCGUCAAGACUUCUACUCUCCUAUCGUGGAUAUCAUCCGGUGCACAACCCGGCAGGCGCGUUGCUUGGUCUGAAUGGGCUCCGGGAAACGUGCGUAUCGUGGAGCAAGGCGAAACGAGUCACCUCAGCGAUGUUGCGUUCUCCGGGUCGCGCGUGACUUUCGGCGUUCAGUACUCCCGCACACACGAGAACCCCGAAGGGCCAGUCGCGCACUACAUUCUAGACUUCAACACGGCGCAACGCAGCGUUACUUCUGACUACGCUGAGCGGACUUUCAACGAUGAUCACUCUGUAGCGGUAGCGCGACGACUCAUUGGGAGUGAAGAGACGGCUAUCAGCAUGGGAUUGAAACCGGAAUCUGGCUCUUUCGAUUGGACACAGGAGACCGUAACGCGGCAGCUGCCCUGUCUAUGUACAGGACUGAAGGAUUCUAUCUUUGGCGAGGAAGACGAUGUAUUAUUGGAUGAUAUGUACAUCAUGAAGUCGGUGUACACGUUGGAUCUCAACGAGGAGCACGACCCUACUACCAUCUAUGUCUUCUGA